AUAAGAUUGAUUAAAGCGUUUGCUUGGCGCGUUCCAAGUGUUUUAUUCUGUGUGUUGUGUUCUCUAUACCUUAACAAUUGGUAUCAGAGCAGACACCUGAUAAAAAGUUCUGGUAUCUUUUUCAACAGGUGAGAUCUUGCGACUAGGGUAUGGAGAAAUCUCUGGAGGUUGUUGCGUUACAAGGACCAUUGAAACUGGAUCCAGAAUGCUUUGGUUACUAGAAAGUCUCAAUCAAGCAAGUCAUCUCAAGCAUUGAUAUGGAAGCUUGGUUUGCAGUGGAGGACGGCUGGUCUCAUCCAACUGAGAAGAAUGAAAAAGGCGAACUGGUGCAGAAACACAGAAAGAAAUGGACAGCUGAAGAAAAGGCUGAGUCCAAACACAACUCACAGGCUCUGUCAGUCAUCUUCAAAUCUCUGCCAAGAGACAUUUUUAAUCAAGUUCAAGGUUGUGAGUCAGCUAAGGAGGCGUUGGACAUUCUGGUCGUCACAUUUGAAGGCACAUGCCGAGUUAGGCGCACAAGGUUGAACAAUCUUGCAUCUGACUUUGAGAACUUGCAAAUGACUGAAACUGAAUCUGUGGCAGAUUAUAGUAGCCGGUUGAGUGGUAUUGCUCAAGAAUCUGUUAUUUUGGGCAAACGAUACAAGGACAAGAAGUUGGUCAAGAAAUUCCUCAGAAGUCUACCUGACAAGUUUCAACCGCACAGAUCUGCUAUUGAUGUGUCUUUGAACUCUGAUGAGCUCAAGUACAAUCAAGUCGUUGGGAUGAUACAGACGUUUGAGAUGCAACUAAAGAAGAAAGAGAAGAUGAAUGCUAAGUCAUUUGCUCUUAAAGCUAUAGAGGAACAGAGGUUUGCUGAAUCUCAGGAGCUUGAAGACGAAGAAAAGUUGGGUCUGUUGGUUAAGAAGUACUUUCAGAAGAUGGAGAGAGGUCAGCGGAAGGGAACUACGUCACUCACGAAUGCUGAUUUUGACAAAGGGUUCAGGAAAGGUGAUAAACCAGAGCGUCAAUGUGCUGAGUGUGAAGGGUAUGGACAUUACAAGGCUGAGUGUCCAAAUAACAAACGUAAGAAUUCUUUGCAAUGUUAUGGGUGCAAGGGCUUUGGUCAUACCAAGACUGAUUGUCCCUCACAAGGUAAUAAGCAGAAGUCCUACAUCACAUGGAUUGAAAGUGAUUCUGAUGAAGAAGACAACAAAGGUGAAAUUCUGAACAACUUUGUGGCUUUGCUGGGAGUCAUCAAGGAAGACGAAGGAGACGAAGCUCUAUUGUUAGAAGAGGACUUUGACAAGAAGAUGGAAUCUGACUCCGAUGGAGAGGAGGCUGGCUUGUCAAUGGAAGAUCAGAUAGGGCUUCUUAUUCAGACUGUUGUGCAAAAGACCCAAGAUAACAGUGAGCUGUCAGCCGAGAGAGAUACUCUUCAAAUGAACGUUGCAAUAUUGUCUAAGGAGCUGAGUGAAGAAAAAGCCAAGUCUCUGCGUCUUGAGAAGAAAUUGGAGGAUCAACUGAAGAACAUCAGGAUGCUAAGUAAAGGAACUAAAGAUCUCGACAACUUACUCAAUAUUGGACAAUCAAGCACCGCAAAGUGGAGUCUGGGGUAUCAAGGAAUCAAAUCUGACAAGUCAACGCAAUUUGUUAAAGGGCAAAACACUGAGCCAAAACUCAAAGAACAACUUGUUGCAUCAAUCGCUCAACAUAAUCAGUUACCUAAGGUGAAUCCGCAUCACAGGCGGAUGACUAUGCAACGUGAGUUGCCUGGAAGACAGUCAUAUGGGUCACACAACUAUCAACAGCCUGAUCAGCGCUCUGUUAGUCUCAGCAGGAGAAGAGGAUGCUGGUACUGUGGUCGUCUUAACCACUAUAAGGCCCAAUGCUACAAGUUUCAGAAUCGUGUGACAAAUCUAGUGCAGAAUUAUGGUUUCUAUCCAGCUAUUAGAAGAGUUAGUCAAGGGUAUGUCAGGAAAGAUGAUCUCUACUGUCAUGUUGCAUACACAGCGGAUAGAACUGAGGUUGAUCAGGCUAAAUGGUACUUUGACAGUGGAUGCUCCAGACAUAUGACAGAAGCUCUUGACAACUUGUCUCAUAUAGAAGAUGUUGCUGGUGGAAGAGUCACGUUUGGAGAUGGAGGUAAGGGGACAAUCCGAGGAAAAGGUGCAACAAGUGGUGACACUCAACCACAUCUGAAGGAUGUGUUCUUGGAGGAUGGAUUGAAGGCCAAUCUGACCAGUGUGAGUCAAUUGUGUAAUGAAGGCUUGGAUGUUACGUUUACCAAGAAGGACUGCAAAGCUGUUGAUCAACAGGGGUCUGUCAAACUCAAAGGAAGAUAAUCUGGAAAUAAUUGCUAUAUGUGGAAAUCUGAAAUGCAAUGUUUCAAUGCAACUGCGGAGCUAGACACCGAGUUGUGGCAUCAAAAACUUGGCCAUUUGAAUGUUCGCACAAUGCUGAAAUUGGAAAACCAAGAAGUUGUACGUGGACUGCCCAAGCUGAAGAGUGAUCCACACUUUAUAUGUGGUCCAUGCAACAAGGACAAGGAAAUCAAAGCAUCUCAUGGGUCUGUAACAGACAUCCGCACAAGCCAUCCUCUACAGCUUGUCCACAUGGAUCUGAUGGGGCCUAUACAAGUUCAGAGUAUAUAUGGACGAUGAUUCAUCUUUGUGAUGGUGGAUGACUACUCUCGCUACACUUGGGUAAGGUUUCUUUGUGAUAAAUAUGAUACUCUUGAGUGCUUUCGUAUUCUUGCCUUGUAGAUUAAAAGUGAGAAGUGCUCAAUCAAACCAUUCGAAGCGACCAUGGUGGUGAGUUUCAAAACGACAAGUUUGAACAAUUCUAUGGGCAUCAAGGCAUCACUCAUCAAUACUCUGCACCAAGAACUCCCCGAAACAGAAUGGUGUUGUUGAACGUAAGAACAGGACGUUGCAAGCGAUGGCAAGAUCUAUGCUGCAUGGAAAUCAGGUUCCUCAUCGGUUAUGGGAUGAAGCUGUGAACACAGCCUGCUAUAUCAUCAACCCUGUGCAUGUUCGCCAAGGAACCAGUAAGACUCCCUAUGAGCUUUGGAAAGGGAAGUCUCCAACUGUGCACUAUUUUCAUGUGUUCGGAUGCCUCUGCUAUAUUCUGAAUGAUAAGGAUCAUUUGGGUAAAUUUGACUCCGAAAGUGAUGAAGGCAUCUUUCUAGGUUAUUCCGGACAUAACACUGCCUUCUGUGUUUACAACAAAUGUCUACGAUCUGUUCAGGAGACUGUCAAUGUAGUGUUUGACGACACCUCCUUCCUCCGGGUUGCAGUGGUGCCCAUUGUCUCCGACACGGACCUGGUAACUGAUGCUGAGAAGUCUGUGCCAGAAUCUGCCACCCCUGUUGUCUCUGACAGGCCUGUGUCAACUCACGAUUCAGUUCCUGUAUCUUCUCAUGUUCAUCGGAAUCACUCCUCUACUGAUGUUAUAGGUGCGAUUCAGGGGGGUAGAGUUACCAAAGGGAAGCAGAUUGACUUUGCUCAGCUGGCUGGGAAGAAACAAAAGGUUGUCAUUCCGGAGUCUGUCUCUUAGGAUUCUGCUGUAGUACAGUUUGCAUGUUUUGUUUCGUUUAUUGAGCCCAAGAAUCACAAGGAGGCGCUUCGUGAUGAGUUUUGAGUUGCUGCUAACAAGAUGAGCUGGAACAAUUUGAACGUAGUGAUGUUUGGGAACUCACUCAACGUCCUGCUGACGUCAAUAUAGUAGGAACAAAGUGGAUAUUCAAAAUAAAAGUGAUGCUAGUGGCUGCAUUAUGAGGAACAAAGCAAGGGUUGGUAGCUCAAGGUUAUUCUCAGAUUAAGGGUAUUGACUUUGAUGAAACCUUUGCUCCGGUGGCAAGGUUGGAAUCAAUUAGGUUUAUGUUUGGUAUGACAUGUGCGCUUAAGUUCACCUUGCAUCAGAUGGAUGUUAAAAGUGCCUUCCUAAAUGGAAUAUUGCAAGAGGAGGUUUAUGUUGAGCAACCAAAAGGCUUUGAGAACGCACAUCACCCUGAGCAUGCUUAUCGACUGAAGAAAGCCCUGUAUGAUUUAAAGCAGGCACCACGAGCAUGGUAUGAGAGGUUGACUACGUUUCUAAUGGAUCAUGGAUACAGUCGAGGGAGUGUUGACAAAAUGUUGUUUGUUCUUAACAGCAACAACGACCUGAUGUUUGUUCAGAUCUAUGUGGAUGACAUUGUUUUUGGUUCCACUUGUCAACCUCUCGUAAAACAGUUUGUGGAGAGCAUGUCUCAGGAGUUUGAGAUGAGCAUGGUGGGAGAGCUAAGGUACUUUUUGGGAUUGCUAGUUAAACAAUCGGCUGAUGGGAUCUUUGCAUCUCAAAGUACUUAUGCUAAGGAGCGUGUACAACGCUUUGGGUUGGAAAAGAGUAAAGAAGCCAAGAUUCCCAUGGGCGCUAAUGACAGACUCUCCAAGGACGAAGAAGGGGAGGAUAUAGAUGAGAAACUAUACAGAGGAAUGAUUGGAAGUCUACUGUAUUUGACUGCUAGCCGUCCAGACAUAUGUCUGUCAGUAGGGAUCUGUGCACGCUAUCAAGCUAAGCCAAAGAUGUCACACUUACUAGAAGUAAAGAAGAUCAUCAAGUACAUCAAAGGGACAUUGGACUUCGGUAUCUACUAUACCAAGGAUACCAAUACCAGUCUGAGUGGGUAUUGUGAUGCUGAUUGGGCAAGAUCUGUGGAUGAUCGUCGCAGCACAAGUUGAGGAUGCUUCUUCAUGGGCAACAACCUAAUAUCAUGGCACAACAAGAAACAAAACAGUGUCUCUUUAUCAACUGCUGAGGCUGAGUACAUUGCCUUAGGAAGUUGUUGCACACAACUCCUUUGGAUGCGGCAAAUGACUUCUGACUAUGGUAUGGAUUCUGAUACUCUGUUAAUUCAUUGUAAUAAUUUGAGUGCAAUAAACAUCUCUAAGAAUCCUGUGCAGCAUUCUAGAACUAAACACAUAGAUAUUAGACACCACUUUGUUCGUGAAUAGUUGAGGCGAAACUUAUCGAGAUUGACCAUGUGAGCACUGAUUUUCAGGUGGCUGAUUUGUUUACCAAGCCUUUGGACUUUAACAGAUUCAUUAAUCUGAGAAAGUCUAUUGGUGUCUGUGAAUUCUAAUCUCUUUCUCUGAGUUGUGUUGAUCUAAGAUAGGAACAUGAGUUAAGACAGAUCAUAGAAAUCCUGGAAUAUAUAGAAGAUCAACACUCUGAAAAAGCUGUGGGAAAUAGCUGUCUGUCAUGCCGGUCUAUCCAUCCUGUUAAACGUUGUUAUGAUUUAAGGAGGUCAAAGAGCUGUGAAGAGACAUGCACAUUUAUUCUCAGGUUCAAUAACCUGUUGAAAGUCAAGCCUAGAAUCAGUGACUGACAAAAUCAAAUGAUGUCACUGAAGUUCAAGGUGAUGAAGCAGCCAUCAAGAGGCUGAGUGGAAUAUAUACUAAAAAAAAAAAAAAAUGAUGUGCUCUUCAAAGAUAUGAUCUCCAGCUGCCUUAACAUGUUAUGAUGGGCUAAAGACUAAAGGCAUGCCAGUGUGAAAGACUACCCACAUGCAACAAUUCUCUGAUCUCUCAAGAGGUUGUGAUAGUUCCUAAUGAAGGUUCUGAACAAGUAGUUGACACGACAGAGGUAUGAUUAGUGUUCUGAUUUCUAUGUUAAUAAAAAAAUAAUAAUAAUAAUUAAAAAAAAUUGCUCAUGUGUGUUUAAUUCUCGAUCUGGGUCCCUUAGGGUUUAUCAUUAGUGGCCUAGUGGGUGUGUGUAUCCGUGUUUGAUUCAUGAAUCUGAUAAAUUGGAUCAUAAGAAGGAAAGAACAAGGUUUAUUGGUGCAUUGUCAUUAAUUGUGGUUACAUGAAUUGGCAAGAGUAUGUGGUCGAAAAAGGAAAUAGAUGCAGUGUACACUGAUGGUUAAUUGAGUAUUUUCAGGAUUGCCUCUUAUUUUUUGGGCCGGGACUGAGCAGUCCAUUGAUUCUCAUGAGCGUGUAUAAAAGGAGCGGCUAGGGUUUUGAGCUUCUAAUUUUUCUCUCCUCUGAUUUUGCUCUCUAACUCUUGAUCACCAUGAAAUAUGUGUUUAGCGGUUUCCACUAUGAUUCUAGUUCGGAUGAGGAGCUUCACACCCCUCCGUUAGCCCUACCUCCGCCGUCUCCUUAUGUCUCGAUUGAUCCUACCACGGCGAUGGUCAUCUACGAACCUCGAGAUGAAUCACCUACAACAACUCCAGUGCCGGCGGACCCCUUGCCGAGGCCAGCUAUUGUCGAGAUGGAUCACAACACAUGCGACUCUUCAUCUUCUCUGCCAAGGAAGGUGCGAUCUCGUUAUCCGGUGGUUGAUCUCACUGGUGACGUCCUUGUGCCUACUUUGUCGAAUAAGGGAAUCUCGUCCCGGCUGCGUAAACGACAAUCAGUUGCUGAUGCGGACAGCCGCGACUCCAAGUGUCCGUCUCUUGGAAAGGACAAGGGCGUGUCCUCGUCUUGCGGUGCUCCUUCAAAGGAAUUUGACUCAAAACGGUUCAUAUCCGCUGAUGCUGCUCGAAGGUGGUUGAUGUACGCGAACAAAGACUACAGACAGCUGCGAUUCUGGAGGAGGAUCUUGCUCUCUUUCUAUCCGGUGGCAAAGUGAAGACCUGCAAGCAGCUGGUGUCAACGGCAAUCAAGGACCCGGUGAUCAAGGAUUUGCAUAAGAUAUGCUGCAGCAACUGGUCUCCCACGGUGAAUACAGGGUACAUUUCAGCAAACAGAGCCAUGGUGAUCUACAUGAUCAUGCAUCGCAUUCCGUUUGAUUUUGGGAGAAUGAUCUAUGAUCAAAUCAUACAGUUGGGUCUGCAAGCUCAGUCAGGGUUUCGUCUACCGUUUCCCAGUCUUAUUCAUCAGCUCUUGGAAGCUCAGCGCCCUGUUCCGAGUCUUCAGCAACAAGACACGAAGAAGACAAAGGGGAAGAAUAUUGUGUAACGGCCUGCGGAAUCGGUUCUUCGCAGUGGUAAGUCUGCAGAGCGCAAAGCCAUCCGGUUGGCCAUUCAGAUUCUGCAAGAUACCUCUUGGAAGCUGGUAAGUAAUCACAUCUCUGUGUGCACUUCGAAGUAUUCAUGAUAUUUUUGACUAAACUAUGCCAACCAAGCAGGGGGAGAUGAGUCUGAUUCAAAUGUUUGAGGGGGAGUCUGAGCUGAGGGGGAGAUGUUUGAGUUUUUUUAUUAUUUUAUUCGCUAUUUUUAUUUGUUGCUUCCUGUAGUUUUUUUUCUUUCUAUGCUUUAGACUUGUGUUUGGAAGUUUUUAGUGUUUGAGACUUGUUUUUUAAUUUGUCUGAUAAUUUGGUUGGUCUCAUUGCUUCUUUGGUGAUAACUUAUCUGCCUGAUGAUUUUUUGAGAUACACUGUUGGUACAGUUGUGUCUGUGUUUUGGCUGCUGGUGUUUGUUUGUGUUUUUGACAGGAUAAAUGCAAUGGAUGCUUGUUUGACAAGUUCAGUCAAAAAGGGGGAGAUUGAAAGUGCAACAGAGCUCUGAAAGGAACAUGCAACUGUGAAGUGUCUCAGAGGGCUGAUAUGCUGACGUGACAUGACGUGCUGACGUGGAGAAAUAUUGUGGACGUGAUGACAAGAUGCGUGUUAAGGAAGAAAGAAGAGAUCAAGAUAUACUCGAAGAUAUUGAGAGUAUAUUUGAUAAGAAGAGAUAAAGGAAGAUAUUUUCUUAGGGAUAAGGAAUAUUUUCUUUUAGUUAGGAUACACAAAGAUCUAGGUUAGAGAUCGUUUGUGGGGUUAUAAGUAGGCGUGGGCUAGCCGAAAAAAGAGCUAGCACUCGCGGGAUAAAAGUUGUGAGAUUUGUAUACCUUCAAGCAAAUACAAAAAGCUUUGAAGGUGAGUGUGUUUUAACUCUUUUAGAUCUACACAGGGUGUUGUGUUAGAUAGAUAGGAGAGUGAGUUUAGUUUCAAGUCUUGUAAAAAACAGAAGUUUUUAUAAGAUUGAUUAAAGCGUUUGUUUGGCGCGUUCCAAGUGUUUU